AUGCGGAGCAAGCAAGGCUAUGUCUCCGACGACGACAAGUCUGACGAGGAGUCUGCCGAUGAGUCUAACGACGACAUCGCAUACGAGCUCCAGAUCCCUGAGAGGCCAGCAGCUGUCUCAGCGAUGAUGGCAACGUUGGGUCACACCAUCCCCUCCAAGCCCGUCGUUCAUAGGGGUGGGGACCCACGCCGUGCGCGCUCCCCGGUGAAUGACACUGCCGACAGUUCAGAGCCUGCUCGGAAGCGUGCCAAGACGACCGCUGCCACCGUGCCCGCCGCCACCGCCGCCGCCGCUGCCACUGUGUGUGCGCCUGCUGUGGGAGCUGGCCCAGACAUCGCCGUUGAGGACAGCAGCGAGAUCCACGCCCUCGCCACCACCCUCCCUGCGACGUCGUCGUUGACUAACCACCCAGACGCAACCAUGCUCGACGACGACGACGCGGGCACCAGCGACCGUCCGCCGCGCCGUCCGGCCAUGGACGUCAUCGACGCGACCAUGCUUGACGACGACGACGCGGGCACCAGCGACCGCCCGCCGCGCCGUCGUGCCAUGGACGUCAUCGAUGUGUCCAUGGUCGACGAUGACUGUGACGAUGACAACAGCAGCGACAAUGAGCUCCGCCUUCCGGAGUUCAUCGAUCUCACCAUGGAGGAGGACGCUUGA